AUGGCUGGUGCAAGUGGGUGGCAUGUGCAGGCCACUAUCUGGGUGGUGGGUGGUUAUGCAAGGCAGUUAUGGGUGAUUCUGGCUAGUUGCAUAACCACCAUAUUGGCUCCAACAUUUGAAUUUGGAAAUUCAAAUUUGUUGCCUAUUAGCAUCGAUAACCUAAUCAAUCUUCGACAUCUUGAUGUUGCCGGUGCAAUAAAAUUACAAGAAAUGCCUAUACGAAUUGACAAACUAAAAGAUUUGCGGAUAUUGUCUAAUUUCAUUGUGGACAAAAACAAAGGUUUGACAAUCAAAGAGUUGAAGGACGUGUCACAUCUGCGAGGAGAACUUUGCAUUUCGAAAUUGGAAAAUGUGGUGAAUAUUCAAGAUGCAAGGGAUGCCGAUUUAAAAUUAAAGCGUAACCUUGAAAGCUUGAUAAUGCAGUGGAGUUCUGAGUUGGAUGGUUCAGGGAAUGAAAGGAAUCAAAUGGAUGUCCUUGACUCUCUACAACGUUGUUUGAAUCUGAACAAACUCUGCAUUCAGUUGUAUGGUGGUCCAAAAUUCCCACGUUGGAUAGGGGAUGCCUUGUUCUCUAAGAUGGUGGAUCUAAGUCUCAUAGAUUGCAGAAAGUGCACGUCUUUACCAUGCUUGGGGCAGUUGCCAUCGCUCAAACAGUUGAGGAUCCAAGGAAUGGUUGGAGUAAAAAAAGUGGGUGCAGAGUUUUAUGGAGAGACUCGUGUUUCUGCAGGUCUAAAGCGUCUACCUGAUGGCAUGAUGUUGAAGAUGAGGAACGGUAGUACUGACAACAACUUGUGUCUCCUUGAAUGCUUAAGGAUAUGGAAGUGUCCAUCUCUCAUUUGCUUUCCAAAAGGGCAAUUACCCACCACCCUUAAGAAACUAACCAUACGUGAUUGUCAAAAUCUCAAGUCUCUUCCAGAAGGAAUGAUGCACUGCAAUUCCAUCGCCACCACCAGCACCAUGGACAUGUUACCCAUCACUCUCAAGGCACUCUACAUAAGUGAUUGUGAAAAGCUGGAGUCUCUACCAGAGGGAAUAAUGCACUACGAUUCCACAUAUGCUGCUGCUCUUCAAAGCCUGGCUAUCUGUCAUUGUUCAUCUCUCACAUCCUUCCCAAGAGAUAAAAAAGCUCACCCGUCUUACACGGCUCGAGAUCUCUAA